UUUCGCUAAAGGGGGCGCGAAAGUAGUUCUAACGCGAGCGCAUUCCAUUACAUUAGAUUCGUGUAUUUGAGAGUUAGGACAAAGCAGGCAGAGAAAUGCAGCCAAUUAUAUUACUAAAGGAAGGUACUGAAAAUAUUCAAGGGAAGUCUCAACUGAUCAGUAACAUCAAUGCAUGCCAGGCUGUAGCAGAAGCAGUGAGGACAACACUUGGUCCUCGAGGAAUGGACAAACUCAUAGUUGAUAACAAUGGAAAAGCAACAAUUUCCAAUGAUGGUGCAACUAUUAUGAAAGAACUGGACAUUGUUCAUCCAGCAGCUAAAACUCUUGUUGACAUUGCAAAGUCUCAAGAUGCUGAGGUUGGAGACGGGACAACAACUGUAGUUUUAUUAGCUGCAGAAUUUUUGAAGCAGUGUAAAUCAUACAUUGAAGAAGGUGUACACCCACAAGUUAUCAUAAAAAGCUACAGAAAAGCAGUUCAAUUAGCUGUGGAUAAAAUCAAUGAAAUCUCUGUGAAAGUGAAGAAGGAAGAUAAGAAAGAGCACAGAGCUAUUCUAGAAAAAUGUGCAAUGACGACUCUAAGUUCCAAACUUGUAGCAAACCAGAAGACGUUUUUCUCAAAAAUGGUAGUGGAUGCUGUGAUGCAGUUAGAUGAACUUCUACCUUUAAAUAUGAUUGGAGUAAAGAAAGUUCAAGGAGGUGCUCUUGAGGAAUCCAAGUUAAUUUCAGGAGUAGCUUUUAAGAAAACCUUCUCUUAUGCGGGUUUUGAAAUGCAACCUAAAAAAUAUGUGAACCCUAAAAUAGCUUUGUUGAAUGUAGAACUUGAAUUAAAAGCUGAAAAAGAAAAUGCAGAAGUCAGAGUUGAAUCAGUACAGGAAUACCAAAACAUUGUUGAUGCUGAGUGGAACAUCUUAUAUGACAAACUGAAGAAGAUUCAUGAUAGUGGUGCAAAGGUUGUGUUAUCUAAACUUCCUAUUGGAGAUGUAGCUACACAGUAUUUUGCAGAUAGGGAUAUGUUCUGUGCAGGAAGAGUUCAAGAAGAGGAUCUCAAAAGGACUAUGAAGGCUUGUGGUGGGUCAAUUUUAUCCACAACGCAUGACUUGGCUGACAGCAAAAACCUGGGAUCAUGCGAUUUAUUUGAAGAAAUGCAAAUUGGAGGAGAAAGGUACAACCUAUUUACUGGUUGUUCCAACACCAAAACAGUAACAAUUAUUCUUCGUGGUGGUGCUGAGCAGUUCAUUGAAGAAACAGAGCGAUCUCUUCAUGAUGCUAUAAUGAUUGUCAGGAGAGCUAUGAAAAAUGAUGCUGUAGUAGCAGGUGGAGGAGCCAUUGAGAUGGAGCUGUCUAAGUACUUAAGAGAUUAUUCAAGAACUAUUCCAGGCAAGGAACAACUACUGAUUGGGGCCAUGGCCAAAGCUUUUGAAAUUAUUCCACGACAACUAUGUGACAAUGCAGGUUUCGAUGCAACAAAUAUUCUUAAUAAACUGCGGCAAAAACAUGCAACUGGUGAACUUUGGUGUGGAGUUGAUAUCAAUAAUGAGGACAUAGCAAACAAUUUUGAUGCAUGUGUUUGGGAACCUGCAAUUGUGAAGAUUAAUGCUCUUGUUGCAGCAACUGAAGCAGCCUGUCUCAUCCUCUCUGUUGAUGAAACAGUAAAGAAUCCCAAGUCUGAAACUGACCCAAGCAAAGGAAGACCAUUUUGAAGAAAAAUAUAUUUUGAACUAAACCUUGGCUAUUAAUAUAAUUUUCACCCAUUUCUGUUGCAUUUCUUUCCUGACAUCAAACUUUUUUUUUACAUUAAUUUGUUGUAUUUCAAACAAUAAUUAGUAAAUUGUUCCUAUAACAAAAACAAGGAGUGUUUAUUAGUAUUAUUGUAUCAAUUGUGGAGUUUAAAGCUUGCAUAAUUUACCUCAAAUUCAUGUUGCCUAAUAAUUGUAUCUUUAGAUGGUUUAGUAUGCAUUAAGUGGUUCAACAACUUGUGAAGUAUUAAGUUAGUACUCAAAACGUUGAUGAGCAUUUUUGUGUGCAUUUCACAAACAUAUCCUUUGCUUUAAGAAACUAAUUUAAAAAGGAAUGGAGCCAUUGAUUCUAAUAAUUCUUGCAUCCAUUUAGUGUCCUUGUUUGAAGUUUCAGUUUGUGAUGUGUAUAAGAAACUUAAUAUUCCACUGCAGCUUUAACUUUAACAUCGUUUUGAGGAUUUUUUUUCUUACUGUAUCUAUUGAAAAAAAUGUGACCUCUGUUAAUAAAUCUCUGCUUUUUUAUGUUGCAUGUACUAACUGUUUUUGAAACUGCAACCCCUCUUCUGUUUAAAUGGUAAUCUUUAUUAGUACUUGCAUGUCAUUUUAAAUGGUAAUAAAACUUCUAAAAAAUUAGAUUCGGUAACUGAUUUAAGUCAGUUAAUUUGUGUGGUAAUGUCCUUAUUUUUUGUAUAAGAAUGGUUAGGAAAAAUUAGUUUCCAGGUAUGAAUGAAAAUUAAAAUGCUUGAGGAAUUUGUUUGUUACUGGAACAUAAUUCAUAUUUCAGAAGAAUCUAGAAUCUCUACAAGAAAUUACAAGAGAGAAUAAAACUGCUUCUAUCAAGGGGUUUUCUUGUUUA